AUGUUAGGGUGCAAACCUGUAACUACACCGAUCGAUCAGAAGUUUAAACUGGGUGCUGAGGCUGGAGAGCCAGUUGAUCGUGACAGAUACCAGAGGUUGGUGGGCAGGUUGAUCUAUUUGAGUCACACACGUCCCGAUAUCUCUUUUGCAGUAAGCGUGGUGAGCCGCUACAUGCAUGAUCCGAGGAAGGAUCAUAUGGACGCAGUAUACCAAAUCCUAAGGUAUUUGAAGAGCGCUCCUGGAAAAGGACUGAUAUUCAAGAAGAAUGAACAUGCGAGCAUUGAGGGUUACUGUGACUCUGAUUGGGCUAGCUGUGCUGAUGACAUGAGAUCCACCUUAGGAUACUACAUCUUUAUAGGAGGCAACUUGGUCUCGUGGAAGAGCAAGAAGCAGACAGUGGUGGCAAGAUCAACAGCUGAAGCAGAGUAUAGAGCUAUGGCCUUGGGAGUUGCGGAAUUGUUAUGGUUGAAGAGUAUGCUGGUGGAGCUAAAGCUGGAUCAAGGAGUAAAGAUGAAGCUGUGGUGUGAUAACAAGUUAGCCAUCAGUAUCGCCAAUAACCCAGUAUAG